ACUCAUUUCCACCUCUGACUUUCUGCCUGUGAGAAUGUUGCGCCUGUUGAGUAAACGUUUGUAUUGCAAGAUUGCAACAAAAUCUAAUGAAAAGGCUACUAAAUUGGACUUUAAGCAACUGACGCAUCCCACCAAGGUGCCACAGACACCAGUGGACUCCGAGUUUCCAGACACCAGCUCUUCCGAAGUCCAGAUCGACACGAAAACCAUACAGUUGCUGGAGCGGCUUUCGCUGGUGGAUCUGGAUAGCGAACGGGCACUCGCCACGCUGAAGAGCAGCAUUCAGUUCGCAGACAAGAUUGCCCACAUCAACACGGAGCACGUGCGUCCACUGUACACGGUGCUGGAGCAUCAGCAGCUCCAGUUACGCAACGACCAGGUGACCGAGGGUGACUGCCGGGCGGAAGUGCUCCGGAACGCCAAGGUGACGGACGAGGACUACUACGUUUCGCCGCCAGGCAAUAUUCCGCUGGAGCAAUGAGCCGGGUGCAGCGAUGCUUCAAGUCCCUGGCUUCAGCUGGUUUCUUUCGCACCCAGGAAGAUAAUAAGUUGGAGCUACUUAGUCAUGGAAGGGAAUACGCCAAGCUGCUGCAACAGCAUUGGACACGACUCCGUCCAUUGGCUGCUCACCUAGAGGUCACGAAUGAACCUAUCAAUACACUAGCCAUCCACCGUUUUUCAUUUCCACAAAGCCAGCAAUUCCGUAAUAAUUUCCAAAAACUCGUCAAAGAUCAUCCUCGAAAGGCCAAAUGUCCCACUCUUCUGAAACACCAGAGCACUUGUUCCGCUCCCAAUAGCAAUUCCUUAUUUGCGGUAAAGGGUCCCUCCCAACUUUUAACCACGGACUUCCUAGUAGAACCACAUCGCGCCCUGGAGCACUUCUAUAACAUGCAGCGGGAGAGCAAGAUCUGGUGGAUGCGACUUUCCUCGAAUCCCAGUCGCUACCGCAUUGUUCCUUGCGAUUUGGGAGAGGAUCUCAAUCCCAAAGACUAUCAAGCCAUCGAUAUACGGUCGAGCUACGGUGAAGCAGGAGAAGUGACCGUGGAACAACUGAGCCUGGUGAGAAUAGAGAAAGACAAAAACUUCCGGCUGCCCGAUGCGCGCACGGGUGAAACUGUGCAUCCGACUUUCAUACGGUCUGUGAUAGAGCUGGAAACCGCCACCUGCGCUCUGCUUCUGGAUGGUUGUGAUCAUGGCCGGGACUCGCAAUCCCUGCUCUUACACCGCGUCCUGGCGCCGUAUCAAUGUGGAAUCGUCUGUGUAGAAAGUAAUUCCGAGGUCUCGGCGGACUUGGCUGAUCUUUGCCAACAUCUUAGGCUUGUUCUCAACCACGAGGGUCUCCGACUUGGUGAGGGGAUUGGAUUUUGUUCCACUAAGGACACUUCUCAUUUAGCAGAGCACUUACUGGAAACGGAUAUGCUGGGCAUACCUUAUACACUUGUUAUAAACGAGCAAACACUUAAGAAUGGACUGAUGCAGUUGCGCAGCCGGGACACAAGGCUCGCGGAGACCAUACACAUAAGCGAUGUACCGGACUAUUUAUUCAAUAUAUUUAAAAACUGAUAACAACCAGGCUACAUAAAGUCGCA